ACGUCUUUCACACAGGAAAUCAGCAGCAUAGUCUGCAAACUGCCUGUGGCCCCAUCAUUCACAUACUAAGGUCUAUCAAGACGAUCUUGUUUAACUGAUGUUCCACAAGAUGAUUAAUGAGGAUUGGCUGUGCAGCUCAUUAAAGCUAUGUGAUCUAGUCACCGCUUCACAAUCUGCUCACUCCGAUGAAUCUGCACAGUUAGUAAUCAAUGGUGAUUCAUACCCACAACCUACUUAUAACCCAUCAUCAAUCCAACACACUUUGGAAACAUACAGCCAUUUGCUGGAUGUAACAUUAGAACAGAACUUAGAGCCCAUUCAACACUUUGCACAGAAGACUGCCAAAACUAUUAUAGAUUCAGCCAUCAGAAUCAGAGACCCAAGAGAAUCCAUCAAACUGAGAGGGGACGAUGUUGAGAUGCUGGCUGAAGAGUUGACUUUACAAGUCUGCUGCAAAGCAUUGGAGGAGAUGGAGAGGCAUCAUAAUUCUGAUGAUCUACCAUCCAAAAAUGUGGAUGAUAAAGAGGGGACUUAUGGAAAUGCAGGGAAUAACUGUGACAGACACACAUCUGAAAUGAAAACAGACAACAAGAUGGAAGAAUAUGAUGAUUCGUCUACCACAGUAUAUGCUACUUCGUUGAAAAGCAUGGCUAGUCUGGGCUCUAUCGAGUACCCCGAUGCUCCUCCAAGCACCCCUCUACUUCCAGAGAUGAUCAGGAGUCGAGCCAGUUUCACAAGGAAGCUUAAAGGAGGACUGGCUAAAGAGUUCCUUCCUUCACCCCCUCCACCGACCCCCAAAGAUCACAUGCAACCAUUAAUGGAGAACCAAGUAAUAGAAGCAUCCGUUGACUUCAUGGUGAGACUGAUACGCUCGCUUUCAAUUGAGUGCUGUCGAAAUGGAGCUCUGGAAGAAGAUGAGAACGGAGAAGUUGCUAAUGGUGGACUUCAAAAUGACGUUCCCGGGCUAACUGACUACGCAGCUCAAAUUUCUGCAGAUAUCCUUGAUUUUAUCACCACAAACGAGAUAGGAGGAAAGCAAGGUUGUGUGCAAAGCAUUGCUGACCAAUUAGCAAGUGAAACUGUCACAACGUCUCUAGCCGAGGUGAUGGUGAGGGGAGAAAGGAAAGUUUUGGAAGAACAAACAACUUCAUACUCAACGUAUAAGGUAGAUGUGGAUCCGGACACAAGGUCUAAGAUCUCUGCAACAGACAGGGUGAAAGUUUUAGCUAGUGAGCUAAUCAUUAAUGCUGUGGUUCAUGCUUUUGCUAAGCUAGGAGAGGGUGUGUUUAAACAUGGAAACCAGCCACAUCUUUUGGGCCAAGCUGUAGAACUGCAGCCAUGGGAAGAAAAGAGAUAUUCAAACACAGCGUGUAAAGCCUCAAUCAACUCCCACAAAGCCAAACCCCUCAGAUGUUGCAACGAUAAAUCAGAACUGAACCCUAUUACAGAUGACGCCAUAAAAGUGAAAUCAUCGGUAGACACAUUUGCCAACGACUUUGCAGAAGACGUGCUUCAGCAUUCUGUGCGUGAUGCUUCCAGCUUACUGUUUAACUAUAAGCAAUCUCAGGCAGCAGAAUUUGGCCCAGAGAAAGAGCUAAAACCAUGGGUAAUCAAGAUGUGUGCUGGGGAAAGUCCUGUCCAGGAACUGCAGUGUGCUCUACUCUGGGCCGCAGCCUCUCAGAAAGGGUCUAAAGCGCUUCAGUUUGAGUUUCCAGACAAAAGCCUUCAACAAAAGCUUUGCAGACUCUCUCGGAGCGCCCGUCUGAAUGGCUGGACGGUGGGCGCUUUGAUGACUUCUCUCGAAGAGCUUUGUGACAUGCAGCAUGAGACCAGCAGAGGGCUCUAUAAGAGCUCCGAUUCUCUCCUGGAGCAUCUGCAGCACCUGAUUGACAGUGUGCGUUUGAACUGAAUUUGAAUCUGUACCCUUUGCAGAUCUGGUCAGUGAAAAAAAGACGAAAAAGGCACACAUUAAUCUUCAUCCACGCAAUCUUUCACAUCCCAAACGUUAAUAAAAGGAGACAAAUUUAUAACAAAGCAUACGCAGUCAUAAUCAAUUUCACUCUGACCCACAGAAAAUGAGCCCUUAAAGACGAAACAGCUGCAUGCACGCUGUCUGUUCUCCCCGUCCAAGCGCUCAAACCAAAGCCAUUAUUAGGUAAGCUUAAAUCUGACUACAAAUCAGCCUUGGAAGUUACUACCACCCAAAACAGACUUACACAUUCUUGACAUAUUCAAAGAUCCUUUAUGCUGUAUGUCCCCCUGUUGUUAUUUUUCUAAAAUAUAUCAAUAAAGUGCCUGAAAAUGAUAAA